GCGCGCCGCCGCAACAGCCAACGACAAACGCACCUUCGCUUACCAUAUAAGGCUGCGCCCAGAUACGCCUUGCGCACCCUGGAUCCUGCUGAUAGAGGAGGAACGGACUAGGCGGACAACACACAAUGUUGCUGCCCUCGGCACUACCGUGCGACUCGUCGUCGCAGACAGCGCCCUUGACGCGCCUUCAGUCGGCGCUCUUCGCCUCGCCUCCUGCAAGCCCCCCUCACCUCCCGACGCAAACAGCGAUUGGUAAUCUCUUCUCAACAUGUCGCUCUCUUCAGUCCCUCCUCGCCAGCCCCGCAGCGCCCUCCUCCGCCGGCCAGGAUCCGACUACUCCGCCGACGCUCUCGCCCGCGCAACUGCCCAGUCCCCCGUUAGCGCAUGCGCCGCCACCAUUCAAAUUGCGCCUGCGGUCGCGCAAGACAGAUAGUACGGCAGCAACUGGCGAGCACGGCCCGGCGAGGAUGCGCAUCGCCAAGCGCACGUCGGCAGUAGCGCAGCAAGCGCCCAGGGGCCCCAACAAGCGGCGCCGCGCCGCGGACGAUGACAUGGGCCGGCACAACCAGGGCGACAGCGACUUGGAGCGCGAGGCGGACGAGAGCAGGCAAGACCACAACAGCAGUGAUGGCACCUCGCAGCCCGAUUCGGCCCCUCACACCCCCAAGCGCUCGCGCAUCGCCCCCGAAAUCAUCCCGCUCGGUCUGGAGCGCGCCGACUACCACAGCCUACACUCCUCCUUCUCCUCCGAUAACAACGACGACGACGGGAUACCCUCUACCAACAGCAACGACACCGACAGCUACAACAACCACAACAAUAACCGGCCACAAGACCAUCACGGCACGGACGUGGUGGUGGAAGCGGACGGCGAGGCGUGGAGCACGGAAGAGGACCGCAUAUUGGUCGAGCUGGUGCUGGAGAAGCUCAAGCUGACCAAGUCGGACUGGCAGGACUGCGCGCGCAGCCUGGGUAAGGACCGCGGGAGCGUCGGGCGCCGGUGGAAGAGCCUCAUGAUCAACGGCGAUGUCGGGCUCAAGAGGGCACCUUUGCGGCGACCCAGGAUACAUGGGACUUGGAGAUGAUUCUUUGCCCAUCCUCUUUUCCAAAGUUGGGCUUAU